AUGCGCGUCGAAACCUCCCCCCUUGCCCAGCAAGCCCUCAUACUCGUCCUUCUCGUCCAGGCCUCUUUGGCGUUCCCCAACCCCAGCCCCAGCAGCGCUGAGGUUUACAAGCUCUUCAAGCAUGGCCGGGAGAGUAAGACCGCAAAAGGCCAGUGCCCCGCCGGUACCAAUCUCAUCACUCUCACGCAAGGCUUGAAAGCCCCUGCUAGCCCUGUUAACGGCGCGCAAUGCCCCGUAGGCUCGGUGCCCGCCAAUGAAAACGGCGAAUGCCCUACGGGCCACGUGCCCAUCGCGUGCAGUAGGGAUCUGUUUGAUAAUCAACUUUCAAAACGCGAUGAUGAUGGUGAUUUCGGCAUCGAAACCAAGCCCGUCGAAGGCGCCGGCCGCAGUCCUGCAGGAAUCCUGUGCUGUAUUGCCUCUGAUAAGUUUGUGCCAUUUGUAGAGCAGUACGAGGCUCAGUAUCGUAGGCAGUAUCCAGGCUGGAACGGGAGAACCAUUCGCCAAAACGGGGCUUUCCGUAACUACCACUCGGAUGCUGAAAACAAGGUCGGCAAAGUGAAACCAACGCCUGUUCCUCGAAGGGUCGUCGAGAAGAUGGCCGAAAUAGCCGUUACCUGUCUCGAGUUGGCCGGUGUCGUCUUCAAGGCGGCCAAAGUGGUCAAGUCGAUAAAGGGCGCACCGAAAGAGGUUCAACAAAAGCAGCAAGAGAUUGCAGAGUACGCCCACGCAAUUACGAAAAUUCUGAAAACGCCAGGUCUCGAUGCCAAGUAUGAGCAGCGUAUGUUGUCGAGCUCGAAAGAUCUACAGAAUGCCAUGCACGAGGUGCACGAGCUCCUGGCGCCUUUAUCCCGGAAAGGUCGAGAGGGAAAGUUAUUGUUGUUUUGGGAUGGCAUCAAAGCAACCCUAAAGAAGGACGAUAUCAAAGAGGCCUUUGACAAAGUUCUUCGGGAGCAGAAGACAUGGAUGGGAGAAGUGCAUGUCGUCCUUUUUAGUCAGAACAUGGAAUAUUCGACUGAAAUCCUAAAGCGGCAGACUUUGGCAGAGGCCGUGGAAGCCGAGACGCUUGCUUCUGCUGGCCGGAUCGAAAAUACCGUUUCAGGCGCACAAGAAGAGAUCAAGGAGGUGAAGGAGGUGGUAGGUGAAGUAGUGCUACUAAGUCGGCAAAUUCACAACCUAGUCGCCGUAAAAGUUAAUCAAAGAAUCACAUCCGGCACGGCCAACGACAGCAAUGUCAUCGACAGCACGACAGUGGCGCUCGCGCCACGCAAAAUAGCACCAUACAAUCUCAAAAGAAAGGUCUGCAGAUGCGUCAGAUCGCUGGACCGGUGGGCCAUGAUUAAAUUCCGUUUCGUGUCCCAAACCCUCGACGAGCACCGCCGAGACUGCCCUUACUAUGAAAGCGGCGAAAAGAGGGUGACCUACGCCGCCUACCUGCCCCCCUGGAGUGUUUCCUGGCUACCCGGUCUUGCGGGAAAGUCCGUGACGCUCGGUUGGGACCAGAGCGUGAGAGGCGGCGCGUAUUCUAUCAGUCCCAUCCUGCGCAUGACACGGCAGGUUAGGCGCGAGGACUCGCCAGUCUUCAAGACGCUUGACGAGUUCAAAGCAAGCUUCCCUUGGGUGUUGCACAGAUGGAAACCCGAUUUUUCACAAACAAACAAGCGCGAAGCCAAGCCUGAGGAUCUGAAGGCAUGCAUAGACAGCAUCAAGUUGCUCUUUUCGACUGGACAGGGCUUUCCAACAGACGUGGACGAAAAUGGGGAGUCUAUAUGGCAGACCGCUUUGAUGAUGUUGGAGGCAGCCUUGCGGGGCCAGUAUGAUGAGCUGAUACCCUUUCUCCAAGAGCUCUUGUUGUUGCUCUUGGAAAGAGGUGCUAAGCCUAAUCAAGAAUACCAAAGUCCCCAUUGUUUAACGCUCAAGGGCGUAUGGGGGAUGCCAAUCACCACCGUUAGCUAUCAACUCUAUCAUGGGAACACGACAGCCUUUGACGGCUUUAAACUACCGCUUUAUGAUGAACUCAAGGCGGCAGAUUAUGUUGAGGAUCAUGCCAAAUUCGAUCUGAUAUUUGAGAUGACGCCACCAAUAGCUUGGAGGCCAUUGCUUCGGGUAUACCCGGAAGUCUUGGAAGAUCAUGAAAUGACGGCAAUCGCAGAGAGGUUACUGUUUACACCCACUGUUGAGGAGUUCAAGAACAGUGUGACCUGCGAGGAAAUCCGAGAUUGGGACAGAGACAAUAACUGGUGGCACAAGAGGGUGCUUCUCGGCUGGCCAGAGAUUUUUCCGUACCUAGCUGAGGCUGGAUUCGACUUCUCACCAGCACUAGAAGAUGCUUGCGUGGUUUCUUGCGUCGAAGCAGUUCGUGCACUUCUCAAGGUAGAGCACCUUCCUAUUCGAACUCUGCAUCUGGACAAGGCCUUCGACUGCAACAAUAUUGAAAUUCUGAAAGCAUUGGUUCAGGAAAUGGUUGCUAGGCGGGACAUGAUGUGCGAGCUGGCCUCGGCCGUCUUGGAGCAAGACGUUCAGGCAAGUUUGGGCCUUUUCGAUGGAUGCUGGCUGCCAUCAUCAAGAGAUGCUCGCAGACUGCUCGAAAUCACGCUGGACGAGUAUCAAGGCAGGGUUACCGAAGCAUUGAGGAACCUUGGUGGCUCCGCCGCCUACUUCUCGAUCGACCCCAAGUUCAGCGAUCCUGAGACCGACGAGCGCAGAACGAUUGAGCGACUGAAUUGCAUUGAUCUCUUCGAGGAUUAUGCGUUUCCAGACCCGACGCGUUGCAGUUUUGUGGGGGAUUAUGUAGAUGCUAUGGAGUUUCUCCUCGAUGCGGGCUUUCAUGCCUUGGACAACAAAGACAAUGACGGGGAGACAGUCCUCUACAAGACUUGCCGCUACUACAAGCCUGGCGGGUCGGGAUUUGGUGAGGUCGACGAUCGUAAUCUCCUCUGGCUCUUGAGAUAUAGCAGCAAAGCCCAGUUUCCGUCAGGACUGGUGUCAGAGCAUCAAUCGCUUGUCAGUCCCAUAUUUUACGCAGCGAGUUUCCUAAGACAUAUCAGCACGGAGGGUUUGCAGUAUGCAAGGGUACUUGAGCAGCUAUCGGAGGUUCCUACCGAUGGCUGCGAAUGCUUCUGCUCGUCCAAUGGCUGUAUGCCGCAUUAUAUGUUUCUGAGAUGUGAUGGCAAUGGUUGCGGCAAUGGUCACCGAGAGAGCUCAAAGCACGACGCCUGCACCGGAGACGCAUAUGGAGUGGCGAGUCAGGAUGGCAGUUUGCAUCAGUGGUGUGAUGCAUGGGCACUUCCGGACCAACAAAAGGAACUCUACUAUGCCGAGGCUUGUCGCCUUGAGAUUUUUGAGCGAUUGGGGAUGAGCCAUACCUGCUGUGCUUCAGGGCGGCGAAAAGAUUACAUUGAGCGCAUUGGUGGGAUAAAAGACAUGCUUUCCAGCAGGCCCGAAACCUACCAGGCUGGUCAACCGCCAGUGAAUGUGCCAAAAAGAUGGCCACGAGCCGACGACGCCGAGCGGCGAGAAAUCCAAGAAGAAGAUCGCGAACUAAAGGCACAACUGGACAGCGUCAUGUGUCACUAUGACAAGAUGCGAGCGCUGUUUCUGACAUCCCCGGUCUGUGGUGACGCCGGUGAAGACUUUUGCGACUCUUUCUGGUUCCUUUGGUGGUCAUGUGUUGAUCAGAUCCUGCCGCCGCUGGGGAGGGAGAAGUGCGUGUAUCGUGGGCUUGACUUCACCCAGCGGGAAAUUCACAAGGAGCGCGGUUUGUACGAAAAAUUGGACCAAGAAUUCGAAGACAAAAGGGAAGAAGAAAAAGAGGCUGCUCUCAAAGCAGCAGGAUACGAAGGCCAGGAUUUUGAGGAUGUAGUCGAUAAAUAUUUUGGAGAAGCCUUGGAUGCACUUACUUUUCUGCGUGGUCGGAGGGUCGACUAG